AUGGCUCAAGUUCGAGCUGUCGUUUUCGGAGCUUGGAUCAACGUACUACUAGCAUUCGUCCCAGCCGGAUUAUUUCCCUCUGGGGCCAUGCUUUCUUUUGCCAUAGACGAGCUCGUCCUUCGACUUGGGGACACAUUCGGAGGACUGCUAAGCAUGACCUUCAGCCGGCAAAUCAUAAUCCUCCAGACUUCACUGUUAGGCAGUGUUCUAUCGAACCUGCUUUUGAUGACAGGAUUGGGGUUCUCGUUAAGCGGAAUCGGCUGCCUUGAACAGUACUUGAACCCCCUUGCAGCUCAAACAAUCAGCAUUCUCCUCCUGCUUGCGGUCUUGAGUAUCCUAGUCCCGACUGCCUCGCAUCUCAUGACUAAGAUAAGCCCAGCUGAAACCCAAGCUCAGUCCCGUGGAACUUGCGUAGUGAUCUUGAUAUCUUACGCUUUAUGGCUCAUUUUUCAGCUCAAGACUAACCGAUCGAUGUUCAAUGAGCCGUCGAGACCAAUUUCGAAAGCGAAGAAACCACUUGGAACUAUUGACAGAGGCGCCGCGCAGAAAGGAAUUGCUCAGAUCGGUGCCGGAACUGCCGCCGCGGUCGGUGGUUCUGUUAACAAAGACCAACUCUUUGAUUCAAGCCUAGAUGAUAACGACGACGCUGUGUAUUUCAGUCUGAGUCUCGCCGGCGGAAUUGUUACUUUGGUCGCCUGUGUUGUUCUCAUUGCGUUCAAUACCCAAUUUGCCACCGAUAGCCUUAACGAUCCUUCAUUUGUUAAGAUGGCAGUCCGCGACAAGAUGGAUAUCAGCACAGCUCUUACGCUGGAGAGGUGCAUGCAGACUUCUCUCAUGGUAUUGCCGCUGAUCGUCCUCCUGGCAUGGUGCAUGAGCAUCGACGACAUGUCUAUGGAGUUUGAUGGCUUCUCUAUUGCCGCACUAUUUGCUUCCAUCAUUAUCAUGAUGUGAAAUGGUAUGCAGACUAUCAGGAGUCUUGCGCAUCUACCACUGAUCAAUUUCGCACUAAACCACGGGCGCAUCUACUCUAAAAUGCAAGCUAUAGCGUUUCCGCAUACGGAAAAUACUUUCUGGCCAUUUUUUAGCCUAUUGCGACCGCGCAGGAGUGAUGUGCAAGCUAGCGAAUACGAACCAACUCGUCGAAACUACGCCGCUGAUUCUUUUAUCUCUUCUGGUCCUUAUGUGUAUGUUAUUUUCCUUCCUGCUACUUGAGUUGCCCCAUGGUAAUCUCAAAAGUCUAAAUGAGACGGA